CGGCGAUCCCUGCUUGCUGCUUGCUUGCUUGCUGCCAUCACCCUCAGCCUCUCCUCCUCGCAGGAUGUCUGAAAUCCCUACCCUCCUCCUCUCAUCCCUGAACCCUGCUACUCGGAAACAGGCCGAACAAAGCCUGCAGGCCCUUAGCGUCCAGCAAGGCUUCCUCUCUGUUCUCCUUCGUCUUGUCCUCGAAUUCUCACAGGAUCGACCCGUCAGGCUCGCAGGCAGCGUCUACCUGAAAAACGUCGUCAAGAACAGAUGGGACGAUGACGAACAACCCAUUCCAGACGCAGACAAAGCUGCUCUACGCAACGAGCUUAUCCCCGCGAUGAUCGCGCUAUCCAACGCGUCUGACAAGGUCAUGCGGACGCAGAUAGCAGAGUCAGUGUCUCUCAUCGCGCAGGAGGACUUCCCGGAGAAGUGGCCUGAUCUUGUCGAUAAACUAGUCGCUUCCCUAUCUCCGACAAACUACGACAUCAACAUCGGCGUGCUCGAGACCGCACAUUCCAUCUUCCGCCCAUGGCGUGCUGCGACGCGCAACAACGAGCUCUUCACUGUCAUCAACUAUGUCCUUUCUCGCUUCGCGAAACCCUUCCUUGAGCUGCUUCUCCACACUACUACGUUACUCUUCUCAACGCCACCACCCGCCAACCUCGCCACGAUCGCCCAAGCACAAGUAACUCUUGUUGAUGUGUUCUACGAUCUCACAUGUCAGGACCUCCCGCCUGACUUUGAGGACACUCACACGAAGUUCUUUUCGGCUCCGGAUGGUCUGUUCUUGCAGCUCUUGCUUUGGGAUCCGCCACAGUUGCGGAGCGAGGAGGAGGACACAACUCCCUCAUUCCCAUCACAAAUUAAGACUGGAAUCCUCGAGAUCGCAGAGCUGCAUGUGAAGCUCUACUCCGAGGUCAUGGCCGGGUCGAGUGCCGUGCCAGCGUUCGUCUCGUCUAUCUGGAACAUGAUCAGCGGUGGGAAGAAGCAGAGCGUCGCUGACGAUGGCCUCGUAUCGCAAUCCCUGCGCUUCAUCUCAACAGCGAUCCGCAUCGGCCACUACAAGGAGCUCUUCAGCUCGCGCGAGACGAUCACGAACCUCGUACAAGGCAUCGUUGUCCCCAACGUUGGGCUUCGGGAGUACGAGAUCGAACAGUUCGAGGAUGACCCGCUCGAAUACAUCCGACUCGAUCUCUCCGUGCCGUCCCUCGGCGGUGCAGGUGUGAGCACGGACACGCUCACGCGCCGUCAAGCUGCAGCAGAGGUUCUUCGUGCGCUCGUGUCGUCGGGGUAUGAGAGCGAGACGACGGAGAUUGCGGGCGCAUGGAUUGGCCAGGGUCUCCAGGAGUACACGGCAAACCCCGCGGCGAACUGGCGCGCGAAGGAUACGGCUAUUUAUGUCAUGACGGCGGUGGCAACGCGUGGGAGCACGACACAGCAUGGUGUGACAUCGACGAACACCCUCGUGGACGUCGUCAAGUUCUUCUCGGAUCACGUCUUCCAAGACCUGCAGGCUGAAUCGGGUACGGUGCACCCGAUUUUGCAGGUGGAUGCCAUCCGGUUCCUGCACAUUUUCCGGAAUCAGCUCGUCAAGCCGCAAUUGCUCUCAGUGCUUCCAUUGCUGCUGCGCCACCUUGGUUCGGAUAACUAUGUCUGCUACACGUACGCCGCAAUCAGCAUCGAACGGAUACUCUUCAUCAGGCAGGGGACACAAAUUAUGUUCGCCCAGGCCGACAUUCAUGAGUUGGCACCACAUUUGCUUGAUGCGUUGCUGAAGAAGAUUGAGGCUGCUGGCACGCCGGAGAAAGUGGCUGAAAAUGACUACCUCAUGAAGUGUGCGAUGCGAGUCAUCAUCACCGCCAAAUCGACCUUCGCGACGGGUUACGAGCGUUUCUUGCAGAGACUGGUCAACAUCCUUGGGGCGAUCUCGAAGAACCCGAGCAACCCUCUCUUUGACCAGUACAUCUUCGAGAGUAUCUCGGCGUUGAUGAGAUUCGUCGUUGCUGCUAACCCAUCGACACUGUCGACGUUCGAGCAGGGCCUGUUCGGUCCCUUCACGAUUAUCCUCCAGCAAGAUAUUGAUCAGUAUAUCCCUUACGUCUUCCAAGUCCUCGCGCAGAUGCUCGAGUUCCACACUGGUGACGUACCGGCAGAGUACCGCAGUCUCCUUCCGUUCCUCCUCACCCCUGCCGCGUGGCAACAAAAGGGCAGCAUCCCGGGCUUGGUCAAGCUGCUCAAGGCCUUCCUCUCGCGGGACGCGAAGCAGAUGGUUGCGACUGGCCAGUUCACGGCCGUCUUGGCGGUCAUCCAGCAACGCCUCAUCCCGUCGAAGCUCAACGAUGUGUGGGGCUUCGAGCUCCUACAUUCAGUGGUGCAGUACAUCCCUCCAUCGGAUCUCAAGCAGUACUUCCGUGCUCUGAUGAUCACGCUGCUCAGCCGGAUGCAAACGAGCAAGACGGACAAAUACGUGUACCUCUUUGUCUACUUCCUCACCUACACCAUGGCCAUCCCAGUGGAGGGACUGGGCCCCGACUACAUCAUCAGCUCGGUUGAAGAGAUCCAACCUCAACUCUGGUCACAGAUCGCUGGGAACUUUGUUGUGCCACAGGCCCCAAAGAUGCCUCCUAAAGAUCGCAAGGUUGUCGUCGUCGGCUUGACAAGGCUGCUCACCCAGAGCGCUCUGAUGCUCCAGGAGCCUUCAGUACAGGCAUGGCCAGCGACGUUCACAUCUCUGGCGAAGCUUUGCCAGGAACCUCAGUAUCUCACCAAGAAGGAUGAAGAGGACCCCGAUGCCGGUAUCACUGCCGUUGACUUCGAGGAGCAGACUGCAGGAUACCAGGCAGCGUACUCACGGCUAGCAGCGUCUGAAACGGUCUCUGUUGAUCCUGUCGCUCAUGUCCGGGAUCCUCGGGAAUACCUUGGACAGGAGCUCGUGAAGCUCUCGCAGAGGGACCCGAGGACGAAGACGCUUGUCGGUGCUGCCGAUCCGGCUAUCGCAGGGCCUUUCCUGCAGUCGCUCGCAGCCGCGGGUCACAGCAUCUGAGCGAACGCGAGCGUGUUCGCCGACAAGUCCAUCACGGAUCGCAGACGACAUGCAUAUGCACUCAAUACGAUACUUAGGGUAGGAUCGAGCAAU